AGACAGCGGGAGGAGGGAGGGAAGGCAGGAAGAGGGCAACCGAAGGCCGGGCCAGGUGGCUCGACCGGGUGCUGGCUGCGCUGCUCUCGGUUCCGACGGCCUCUCUCAUGCGUUGAGGGCGCCCGGCUGGGCCGGACCGGCGGCCGGAGGGGAGGCUCCUCUCCAUGGUCCAGAAGACCAGCAUGUCCCGGGGCCCUUACCCAUCCUCCCAGGAGAUCCCCAUGGAGGUCUUCGACCCCAGCCCACAGGGCAAAUACAGCAAGAGGAAAGGGCGGUUCAAAAGGUCGGAUGGGAGCACAUCCUCGGAUACAACAUCCAACAGCUUUGUCCGCCAGGGAUCAGCAGAGUCCUAUACCAGCCGUCCGUCAGACUCCGAUGUGUCUCUGGAGGAGGACCGGGAAGCCUUAAGGAAGGAGGCAGAGCGCCAGGCAUUAGCCCAGCUUGAGAAAGCCAAGACCAAGCCAGUGGCAUUUGCUGUGCGGACAAAUGUCGGCUACAACCCAUCUCCAGGGGAUGAGGUGCCUGUUCAGGGAGUGGCCAUCACCUUCGAGCCCAAGGACUUCCUGCACAUCAAAGAGAAAUACAAUAAUGACUGGUGGAUUGGGCGACUGGUGAAGGAGGGCUGUGAGGUUGGCUUCAUCCCCAGCCCUGUCAAACUGGACAGCCUGCGCCUGCUGCAGGAACAGAAGCUGCGCCAGAACCGCCUCAGCUCCAGCAAAUCAGGUGACAACUCCAGCUCCAGUCUGGGAGACGUGGUGACUGGCACCCGCCGCCCCACGCCCCCUGCCAGUGCCAAACAGAAGCAGAAGUUGACAGAGCAUGUGCCCCCCUAUGACGUGGUACCUUCCAUGAGGCCCAUCAUCCUGGUGGGACCGUCGCUCAAGGGCUAUGAGGUUACAGACAUGAUGCAGAAAGCUUUAUUUGACUUCUUGAAGCAUCGGUUUGAUGGCAGGAUCUCCAUCACUCGUGUGACAGCGGACAUUUCCCUGGCUAAGCGCUCAGUCCUCAACAACCCCAGCAAACACAUCAUCAUCGAGCGUUCAAACACACGCUCCAGCCUGGCUGAGGUUCAGAGCGAGAUCGAGCGAAUCUUCGAGCUAGCCCGGACCCUUCAGUUGGUUGCUCUGGACGCCGACACCAUCAACCACCCAGCCCAGCUCUCCAAGACCUCACUGGCCCCCAUCAUUGUUUACAUCAAGAUCACCUCUCCCAAGGUUCUUCAGAGGCUCAUCAAGUCUCGAGGGAAGUCUCAGUCCAAACACCUCAAUGUGCAAAUAGCAGCCUCGGAGAAGCUCGCGCAGUGUCCCCCCGAAAUGUUUGACAUCAUCCUGGAUGAGAAUCAAUUGGAGGAUGCCUGCGAGCAUUUGGCCGAGUACUUGGAAGCCUAUUGGAAGGCCACACACCCGCCCAGCAGCACUCCGCCCAAUCCGCUGCUGAACCGCACCAUUGCUACUGCAGCCCUUGCUGCCAGCCCUGCCCCUGUCUCCAACCUCCAGGGACCAUACCUUGCUUCCGGGGACCAGUCGCUGGAACGGGCCACCGGGGAGCACGCCAGCGUGCACGAGUACCCGGGAGAGCUGGGCCAGCCCCCAGGCCUUUACCCCAGCAGCCAGCCGCCAGGCCGGGCGGGCACCCUGCGGGCACUGUCCCGCCAAGACACGUUUGAUGCCGACACCCCUGGCAACCGAAACUCUGCCUACACGGAGCUGGGAGACUCGUGUGUGGACAUGGAGACUGACCCCUCCGAGGGGCCAGGGCUUGGAGACCCUGCAGGGGGCAGCACCCCACCAGCCCGACAGGGAUCCUGGGAGGAUGAGGAAGACUCUGAAGAGGAGCUGACCAACAACCGGAACCGCGGCCGGAAUAAAGCGCGCUAUUGCGCAGAGGGCGGGGGUCCAGUUCUGGGGCGCAACAAGAAUGAGCUGCAGGGCUGGGGGCGGGGUGUCUACAUCCGCUGA